AUGCGCAUGCAGCAUUAUGCUAUAUUUCUACAAGGAUUUAAUUAUAAAAUCGAGUAUAGGAAAUCUGAGAAACAUGCUAAUGCGGAUUGUUUAUCCAGACUCCCUGUGGAUGCGCCACAAACCAUAGCAGACGUGAUAGAUGCUUAUCAAUUAGAAAUAAUUGAAACCUUACCGGUAACUGCGAGUAAACUUGCUUAUGAAACCCAAAAAGACAAAGACGUAAGCGAAUUACUAGAAGCAUUACAGACUGGUAAAAUCAUACAUAAAACAAAGCGUUUUAAUAUUGAGCAAAAUGAAUUCGGUCUAGUGAAUAAUGUAAUUAUGCGAGGUUCACGCGUUUAUGUUCCCAAAAUACUACGAGCGGAAAUAUUAAAAGAAUUGCAUUCAGGACACUUUGGGAUUGUCAAAAUGAAAAAUUUGGCUCGAAGCCAUUGUUGGUGGCCAGCCAUUGACAAUGAUAUAGAGAAAUUAGUACGUAAUUGCGCAAACUGCAAUAGUCACAAAAACAAUCCUCCAAAAGUGGAAGUACAUUUAUGGGAAGCGCCAUCAGCGCCAAUGCAACGCGUACAUAUCGAUUUUGCGGGGCCAUUCUUGGGAAAAAUGUUCUUGCUUAUGAUUGAUGCAUUCUCGAAAUGGCCCGAAGUACAUAUUGUAAGAGAUAUCACAGCAAAAACUACAAUUACAAAAUGCCGGGAAAUCUUUGCUGCAUACGGGAUACCACAAAUGGUAGUAACUGAUAAUGGUAGAAGCUCCACUUCUGCGGAAUUUCAACAAUUUUUACACAUGAAUGGUAUUAAGCAUAAACGUACUUCACCUUUCAAUCCCGCAACAAACGGUCAGGUAGAACGUUUUGUCCAAACAUGUAAACAAGCGCUAAAACGAAUGAAUUGCGAUACUACAAAUGUUAAUUUUGCACUAAGUAAAUUACUAUUACAGUAUAGGGCAAUGCCACAUGCGAUAACUAACAAAACUCCUGCGGAGAUGUUUCUCAAUCGGAAAAUAUCCACUAGAUUAGAUUUAAUGAUACCAGUACAUAAUAACUCAAAACUAUAUGAUAACACUACAGAAAAUGUGAAAACAUUCUCGUGCGGGGAGAGAGUUGCGUGUCGUAACUAUUCCGGGAGCGUAAAAUGGAAGUUCGGCAUAAUAUCGGCAAGAAAAGGAAAACUACACUAUUCAAUUCGGCUGGAUGAUGGUCGCUCUUGGGAAAGACACGCUAAUCAAAUGCGUAAAAUAGGCGAAAAUACUCCAACGAGUUGUACGGAGAACGAUCACUAUUACUGGGACAUUGAAGAGUCUCGGGAACCGGAAUGCCCGAGCGUUUCCCAAUCAUCAAAUACGGAGAAUCAUCCGGACGCGCCUCAAAAUGCUGCGCCAGUUUCCCCACAGAGUAAUAUAGGCGUAGAUGCGAGAUCUGAAGUGGAAGCUCAGCGGCGUUCGGUUAGAUAUAAGAAGCGUCCAGAUUUCUUUUCCGAAUGUACAGCAAAAUACAACAAGUAG